AUGGUGGAAUUUUCGUACAAUAAUAGUUACCAGGCAAGCAUCCAGAUGGCCCCUUUUGAAGCUUUGUACGGUCGUCGUUGUCGUAAUCCAAUAUGUUGGGACGAUUUCAGUGAAUCUGUCACUCUAGGACCGGCUAUGUUAGAGGAGAUGACUGAUCAAGUAAAGAUGAUUCGAGAAAGACUUAAAGCGGCCCAGGAUCGACAAAAUUCCUACGCAGAUCUUAAGAGGAGACCUGAUGAGUUCGCCGUAGGGGAUUAUGUGUUAUUGAGAGUUUCACCGAUGAAGGGAGUCAUGAGGUUUGGCAAGAGGGGGAAGUUGAGCCCAAAGUUUAUAGGACCUUAUGAGGUCACAGAGAAGGUAGGAAAGGUCGCUUACAGACUAGCAUUACCCAAUGAGUUGGGUAAGGUUCAUGAUGUGUUUCACAUUUCACAGUUGAAGAGAUAUGUUCCUGAUAAAUCUCAUGUGCUAGACCCUGAGCCCUUAGACCUUGAUGAAAAUUUAUCUUAUGAAGAGAAACCUAUCAAGAUCUUAGAUUCUAAGGUGCGUAGUACGAGGAGAAAAGAUAUAAAGAUGGUGAAAGUUCUAUGGGCUAAUCAGCGCAGACAGGAGGCAACGUGGGAAACUGAGGAUUCUAUGCGUGAGAAAUACCCACACCUUUUUCCUGAGGUUUUUGAAAUAUGGAUGAAAAGUAUUGAACUUUGUAUUAUUUUCAUUAAAUCUUAUGAUGGAGUUAAAGUGAUAAUAGUUGUUAUAAUUGAGAGUAUUAGUCACAAAAGUGGUGUUAAUUGUCACUUGUAUUAUAAAGAUGAUGGUGGAUAUUGUUAUGUUAUUGAUGACGCUUGCAGAAUUAUAGAACACCAGAAAGUGAACUAUGCUAGCGUAUAG